AUGUCAACCCCCAAUCCACCUCAGAGAGUCACUCGAUCAAUGUCCAAUCAUCCUCCCUCAACAGCAGCUCCACCGCCAGCAGUGGAUACGGCACCGGGUCCACCCGUCCAAGCUCGUUCCACCUCUCUCAACCAGGUAGAUACGAACCCUUAUAAAGUGGAUUUCGUCAUUCCAUAUUCAAUAUCGGUUGAUAAGAGUCAAAGUCGACUACAAGCUCAGCAAGAGAUCAAAGAUGGUUAUGAAGUGUUGUUAAGGGUUUUAGAAGGCGAAGAUGGUCUGAGGAUCUCGACUAGGGCUAAACCUUCUAACAACUCUGCGAAGGGGCAAGAGGAGAUUUGGGUGUUUGUAGGUGCUGAGGACGGUAAGGUCGUUGAAUUGGUAGAGAGGGAAAAAUCACUCGAUCAAGCACAUAAUUUACCACCCCACUCAAACCCAAUUCCACCUUCGCCCUCUACUCGAAUAAGAUUGUUAUACAACUUACUCACUGCCCCGGCGAUCCAAGAUGGUUUGGGUCUUACUCCCGGUCAAGGGAGAUGGAAGAGGGUGAAAUCGAUCAUGGCGUUGCACGACGAAAUAGCCGAUAACGAAUGGGUCGAGAAGUGGACGACUGGAGGAGAUUGGAGGAUUGGGCUGUUAAAAGGAUUGGAUGGCAAGGAAGGCCAAGGAUUGGGUGAACAUCAACCCCCUCCUGUUCAUCUGUACUUCAACUUCCUCACGACCUACACCCUCUCACUCUUGCCUCUAUCAAUUAUAUCAGUGUUAUUCUACCUAUUAACUCCGUCGGAUUCAUAUCCUCCAAUAUACGCUUUCCUCCUCUCCAUAUAUUCUACGGCAUUCGUAGCGAUUUGGCGAAUCAAAGAACGUAGACUCGCUGUCAGGUGGGGUACGAGAGGGUGCGAGUCUGUCGCUGUAGGAAGGUUAAGACCUGAAUACGUAGCAAAUUUAGGAUUGGAUAAGAGGGAGAAUAAGGAAGAUGCUGUGGAUUUGGUACAAGCUGGAAAUGAUAUCAAACGAGAUAUAAAAGUAACUGCUUCUGUCCCGAUUAUCAUCGCUUGCGGUGUAGGACUGGGUGUGGUUCUGUUGGGUAUAUUCAUGCUUGAGGCGUUUGUUGGGCAAGCCUAUGAUGGUUUCGGAAAAGAGGUUGUGCCACUCCUCCCUACAGCUUUGUUCGCCAUUGUCGUACCUCAAAUCGUAGCUGCGUAUGGAGUUCUGGCGAGAUCAAUGGUAAAAUGGGAAGAUCACCCGACGCCCGUAGGAGCUGAGAAGAGUCUGACAGCUAAGACUUUCGCAAUGAACGCCAUCGUAGCUUAUCUCGGUCUCUUCUUAUCUGCUUACAUCUACGUCCCCUUCGGAUCAUUCAUCAUGGCUCGGGUCCAGCACAAACUCACCAAACAAGAGACGAUAUCCGUAUCUGAUACUCCUGAGAAAGCGGGUCUGGGGCCAAGAACAAGUGGAAAAGAGCAAAAAGGUAUCAAAGCUGGAAGACUGAAGGGUCAAUUAUUUGCUUCGGUCAACGCCUUCCUCGAACUUGGUCUACCUUACAUUAUGCGAUUCGUGGACGAUUGGCGAGCGGGCAAGACCACCCUUAAGGAAGCUUUCAAAUCUAAAGGUAAUAACGACAGUACUGAGAAGGUCCCUCGUGAUGACGAGGAAGUCGAGAAGAGGUUCUUGGAAAAGGUUGAAAGGGAAUUAGCACUGCCUGAUUACUCGUUGUUCACCGACUACGCAGAAAUGGUCACUCAAUUCGGAUACGUUACCAUCUGGUCUAUCGUCUGGCCAUUAGCACCUGUCUUCGCUUUGAUCAACAAUUAUGUUGAACUGCGAAGUGACGCAUUAAAGAUUUGUAAACAUGUCAGAAGACCUGUAGGGGACAGAGUCGAGACUAUUGGAUCAUGGUUGGAGACCUUGAGCAUCAUCUCGUGGAUUGGAGCGAUCACCAAUUCCACUUUGAUAUACCUCUUCCGACCUACCUCUUACCACGCUGAUCAAACUCCCAAUCCCAACCUCACUCCCAUACCCGGUUCAGCUUCUUUGCAUUAUAUGAUUGAUCAAUAUAACAUCUCACACAACCUCAAGAAUGUCUUACCCCUUUUGAUCCCUUUGGGACUCAUCGCUUUGACUGCAAGUCACGGAUAUAUCAUUUUAAGAUGGUUAGUUGAUGGAUUGUCGGAGAGACUAUUAUGGAGGAAUAGCGAGGAAGAGAGGUUGGUUCAGAAGUUGAAUGCAAACCAACGUCAAUCGAACUUAAACUCUGCGGCCUCCACGUUGACUAGAAGGGAGAAACCGAGGUUGUGGGAGAGGGAUGAGAAAUUGGAUAGGUUCUGGAAUGGAGGGAAAGAAGGUGGAAGAGAGAUCGGACGGGUCUUGAAAGCUGAAUGA